AUACCAUCUAGUCAUAACCUUCGCUGGGUCGCGACGGAGAUGUUUGUGGAGUAGGAUUUUCUUCUUCUUUUGAAGUCAUUUGUGAAUGGAAACUUAUUUAUAAAUUAUACCAGCUGUGUAAAGCGGCAAAAAAUGGAGAAGCUGAGAAAGGCCAUGAGAAGGAGCCCGAAUACCACGAAGGAAAGCAGACAUGAAAAGUUAGGAGAGGGUUGGAAUGAAAACAAAGAGGCUGUUAAAGAUGGAAUCACGUUUUAUAUGAAAUAUCUCGGAUCCACCCUUGUAGAGGAGGCAGAGGACAGUCAGAGUUAUGGAGACGGUGUCAUCACCAAAGCUUUGCAGAGCAUUAUAGCUAUGGCAAAGUCAUCUGGAAAGAAAUUAAGGAAAGUUGCACUGACGACUUCUCCGAAAGGGAUUCAAAUUAAUGACAUGGCUAACAAGCAGCUUAUAGAUGAGAUUUCGAUAUACAGGAUAUCUUUCUGUUCGGCGGAUAAAAACUUUGACAAAGUGUUUGCCUUCAUGGCCAGAAACUCUGUAAAUGAAACAAUGGAAUGCCAUGCCUACCUCUGUGCCAAACCCAAAAUUGCACAAGCUGUAACAUUGACGGUGUCUAAGGCAUUUGAAUUGGCUACAGAUUUACAUAAGGAGAAAGACUGUAAUGCUAGUCUUAAGAAAGAUCCAAUUGGAGGUGUAGAAGAGACAGAAACGAGAACCAAUAAUGUAAAGAAUUCAGCAAACAAGCUCUCUGCCGGAAAUCAACCAAUUCCUAAACUCUCUAGUCCCAAAGCUAAUCAAGAAAUCUUGAGUAGUAAAUCACAAUCAGGAAUAAAAUGGUUUACAAAUUUUCAGCAAAGUUUUGAAGAUGAAAAUUUGGAUGAAGAUGAUUGCUUUUCAAUGCUUGCAGUGGGUAGGAGUAAAGGUCUACAGGAAUUCAGAACCGAUCUCCUUCAAGAAGACGUGGAUGAAAGUGUUGCACAGUACAUGAACAGUAAUAAAUGUUUGGAGGAGUUCUCGAGAACCUCAUCAGUGGAAGACCUGCUGUGUUUGUGAACCUUGAAGAUGCUCACAGUCGGCUCAUUUGAGCACCUCUUUGACCUUCAGAAUCUCACUUCUGCUGAAUCGUCUAUUACACUGGGUAAUGUGUCAUGUUUGUUAGAUCCUCAUUUGAACUGGAUUCACACACAUUUGCUUCAAUUUAAAAAAAAAAAUAAUUUCGUAUCAGGAAUAGAAAUUUCCUAUGACUCUAAUGCUCUAGGUCAUGCUCUGGGUAAAUGUUUUGUGUGUACACAAUUUAUUCGGAAUUUAUAAAUGAAAACCAGCAUUUAUAUCGUCCUUGAUAAAAAUACUGAGAAUCGGAUAGUAUUAGUACAUGUAUAUGAUCUCCUGUUUUGAACGUUAGGAUUCUGAUUCUCGUUUGCUGAAUGAUCCUGCCUGUGAAUAAUUGUGAUAUAACAUUAUUAUGAUGUACUCAUUGAUUGAUAUGAUAACAUGUAAUUAAUUCUAUUAAGAUGUAAACAGAUUAUUGGAAUUUUGUUUAGUUUGUUUAAAAUUAUUGUGCAACACAAAUGCAGUUUUUUUUUUUUGGAGAGGUGUGAUGAGAUGCAUUCUUUACCAUGAAUUAAAAUGUUUUUUUGAUACACAUUUUUAAAAUGUGUGAAAGUGCUUUUGAUAACUGCAACUUUUGUUGAAGUGAAGAUUAAGUUGAUAUGACUUAUUUUGUUGGACUAAUUAUCAUGUUAGGAAUUAGGUACAUGGGGUAUGAUAAGGUGUGUGUAGUUAAUUUAGCGCAUGUAAAAUGUUAUGCAAUUGGAACUAAUGCACUGUUAGGCAUUAUCGUGAUAAUGGAUAAAUACUUUUUUUUUGAUAAUUUAUCGCAACCAUAAAUUAGUGCUGCUUUACAUGUAUCACCAAAGGUGCGAGAAUAUGAAUGUUGCUAAACUAAGUAGACAUACGGUAUUUCGGUCAUUCAGGUGGUCAAUUGCGAUUUGUUCACAUCCAUCAUAACAGUUACACAUUUUUUUUAAUUCUUCUCUGAAAAAAACCCCCCACAAACCUGUUGCAAUAUUCACAUAUUUGAUAAAGAAUAUCGUUGGGUAAAGGGUGACCAAAAUUGUUAAAUUUGGGUCCCAGCCUCCUUGGGUUUGAGAAGUGGGGCCAAAACCUUAACAAUUUAAAACUAUAUACUGACUUUAGAUCUUCAAUUUUACUUUCAAAAUCUAUCAGAACUGGGUACAUAGUUAUUAUAAGCAUGUAGACCUCUACCAAAAGUGUGAAAUUCAUGAUCCCUAGAUUCAGCUGGUGAGACCCCAGGGUGGGUAUAUAUGGCUGGUAUACUUAAAAUGCAUUACUGAACAUCUAGCAGACAAAAGUAAGCACAUAUUUAUAGCCUCUGCAUACAACAUAAGUAUUACCUGUCCACGUGUCUGUCCUUCUGUUAUUCCAUUCACUUUCAUGUCUGUUAUUCCAUUCCUUUUCAUGUCAGAGACGUAACGUUGUAACGGGAAAAUCAGUAGAGACCUGGCCUAGUCUCAAAGUUUGCUUCUAAUCAGAAAAUGUACUUUGACCAUGAAGCAAGGUCAUUUCUGCUAGGGUCACUAUUAAAGCUAGAUAUGCAUGUUCACAUUCUAUAAUUGAGACAUAAAAACCUCAUACUUUGCACAGGGGGUUGCCCACUUGUCGGACUAAAUGUUGUGUUUUGAUUCAAGAUGAAUCCAGAUGAAGGUCAUAUUCUAGUACCGAAGAUUAAAGUUAUAAAAGAGUGAAGAAUAUUUGUGUUUGUCACCAAUGUACAAUGGAAAGUCAUUAGAUGAUCAUUUUUGGCAGAAAGGUUGCUUUGUGAAUACAAUGUACUGACCCAGAACCAUAAUCAUUUUGGCCAACAUCAAAGUUACUUGUAGAAAAGAAUUUCCCCCAGGAAAUAACUUUGCAUUUCUUGGCCAUUACAUUAGACACUAGAAGUUCAUGCAUGCUGCAAGAGUUCCUUAUGGACAUAGAAGCAAAAAUGAAUGAAUAAAUCAAAAAUCACACUAGAAAUAAAUAAUUGUCAUUUUAAUCACAAACCAACAACAUCCAACUGUCAGAAUUGUAAGAUGCACUCUUAGUACCACCAACAUCUGACACUUUUAAUUCAAGUUUUCCUGUGUGUGAUAGAUACUCAUUUGACUGGUCUGGUCCACGGUCUUCUUGUUUAGUUGACAUUUAAUAUUUUUAGUGAGCUUAGGUAGUUUAUUCUUUAAAAACAAAUAGAUAUAAACAAGUAACCUAAUCUGAGCAUAUUUGAAUUCAUUGAGAUGGCAGAAUGGUUAUUUGUGUUGUAAUCUCGUGGCUAUAAAAAGAUCUGCAGGUGAUGUAUGUUUUGUUACUGCCCCUCCCCCUUUUCAUCGCAGUACAGGAUUGCUAAAUUUCCAGUUUACAAUUCUAAUACUUGCUGUUUUAUAUUAAGACAGUGUCUCUUUAUAAUUAUAGGCAUUAUUUCUAGUCACAUUAGGUAAUAUGUCUUUAAAUGCUUAUAAACAUCCUCUAGUAUGACAUGAUCUAUGAGCUAUAAUUCAUUCUAAUGUAAAUCUUAUCUUCUCUGUCACUUCAAGUAUCGAUCAUGGUAUGUUUUUCAAGUUAAAAAUAUACAGUCAGAUCAUGUUUUCAUUUCCUACAAUUUGUACUUUUUUUAUAUCUUGUUUGAAUCUCUGACAUGUUCCAAUCAAAUUAGACUUGAUAAUAUACAAUAAAUGCUGAUGCUGUAAGAAGAUAAAAUGUACAGUAAUAUAUAUAGAUGGGGGAGGGGAUCAACUUUAAAUUGUUUUGAUCAGCAAGGCUGUCUAUAUCAUGCCUACAUGUGUACUAUAAUUGAUAAAAGUUUUUUCUUUUCUCAAUAUUCUCAGUUAUGUAUGAAAUUUAUAAACUAAUCUGUUUCUUGGGACACAAAAUUACAUAACUGUUGCUAUGGCAAUCUGCUCAUGAUUACCAGGAGCAAGAAUUAUAGAAUUGCACUUCUUCACCCCAAAAAAGGGAGAGGUCAAUUAUUAGAUUCGUUAGAAAUGCAAAGGAGAAAACUGCUUUAAUCGGUUUAUAAUACAUGUAAAACCAUCUCAAUGAAAGUGGUUUUAGUCUUAUAAUGUGUGCUUAAUUGAUGUAGGAAUGCGAAACCUGUAUAAAUCAUUUGAACCUUUAAUUUGCUGGUGCUAUUUUUUUUUCAGAAGUUGUGUAUUGUAGUUUACUGUUGAUGUUUUUAGGUAGAUCAGAUGUUUUUUCAGUGAUAUGCAGUAGUUAUUGAUGCCUUAUCAUUUGUUGUGAAAAGAAUGCACAAAAAUCUCUGAAUCUGAGUUUCUGUAUUUUUCUGAUAUUUUUUUCUGUACUAACUUCAUGUAGCUAAAAGUGUGUUUGAAUUAACAUAAAAGUGCUCUAACUACUUCAUAUUUUUACUGUACCGAGAAUUAUAGGAAAUAGAUGCCUUUUAAUUUCUACCUCAUCUUUGAAUGCCCUGACUCACAUGCAUGUGAUGUCCGUGUAUCUACAGGCAUUUAGCAGUAUAAAGAGGACUGUGUGACAUUUAUAUAAUGCAUAUAGAAUUAAUGUAGUGAAUGUGCAUUCACAUAAUUUGACAGCUUUUGUCUGUACUCUGUUAUUUUUAGAAUAAAUACAUGUAUACACAUACACUCUUAACUAAACAUGUAUAUUUAACUACUGAAUAGUACUGUAGCUUGUUUAUGAUUUGCUUCCCAGAUUGUAGCAAUAAUUCACACAAAUGGGAAUGAAGGAGGACGGUCAGCAUUCAAUGCCUUGUUUUAUGUAUGUGUGUGUAAACUUUGAUGUCUGAAAAUGGUUUCUUAGAUACAGAAUUUUUGGAGGAAUGAAACUGGAGGUAGAAAAGGUUUGUAAAUACAGUGCAUCCUUUUGAGGUGUUUACAGUAAAACUUGCUUGUGAGGAACCUACUUAUGACCGUGCGAUAGACAUACCACACGUCAGUGACUUUACAUAGAGACAUACCACACAUUGUCAGUGACUUUACAUAGAGACAUACCACACGUUCUCAGUGACUUUACAUAGAGACAUACCACACGUUCUCAGUGACUUUACAUACAAAUGGGACUUUGACUUUAUACAAUGGAUAGAGUUUGGUAUUUUUUCCCUUAGAAGACUUUUGUUUUGAAAUUGACCCAUAAGGAAUUAGGAGUCGCAUAAUGUGUUUAAGAAUUAACGUUUGAGUUUUCAUGGAUGUUGUGGGAAAACCUCUACGGUCUCGAAAUGAUGUUUUGAAAUCGAGCUUUUAUAUUUGAGAAGAAUAUUUCGAGACAGAGGUUAUCCUGCAUCAUGUAAAACUUAUACGGUGCCAAUUUUGAUGCACCAGAUGCGCAUUUCAACAAAUAAUGUCUCUUCAGUGAUGCUCACCCGAAAUGUUUGAAAUCCGAAAUAACUAUGAAGUUUUAGAGCUAAAUAUCCACGGAAACAAGAACUUUCUUGCUAUUCUACUACGGCUCAGAAAUAUACAGCCGAUCGUUUGUCUAUACAGCUAUGAGUUAGGUCACCAUGAAGUUUCCGAAACUGAAUAGGCCUACAUGUAUUUUGAUGGCGAAAAAAGUGAGAUGGUAGGGUAUACUAGAUUUAUUUAGAAAAAUAUAUCAAGUUAUUAGUUUGAUGUCGACGGAUUAUAUUGACUGCUUUGAAUAUACAGUCCAAGAAAACUACACAUGUGGAAGAGGGGUAACUUGUCUGUGCAUUGCCAUGUUUGUUUACAUGUGUAUCGAUCUAGGAGUGCAGUCGAUUGAUUUAUAUUGACUUCAGUGAUUUAUAAGCUUGUUUUACAACGUAUCGUGAUUGAUUUUAUGAUUAUAAAAUUGAAUUUUCAAAUAUCGACUUUAUUGUUGUAUUAGCAAAACAUGAAGUACAAGUGAGAUGUGUAUCAAUUUUCUAAUAAUCAGAUUUACGUAUGACGUUAUAUUGCAAAAACAAUGACCGCGGCAUUCCUUUGAUCUUUGCUAUAACCGUGGUAGAAUGAUGUCCCAGUAACUCAAACCUGCAUGUACCUUUCGUUAUGUGGUUUUAAAGAAUUAUAAGCAAGUUUUACUGAGCUAUCUCAAAAUGUAAAGUAAUUUGAUAUUCAAAGUUUACUCGAUAUACUAUAUUUUCGAAGAGACCACAUAAUGUUUGCAUCUAUUGUUUAUAAGUAAAAUAUGUGAGGAUAUCAGCAUUUGACCCCAAUUAGUUUGCAUGAAUCAAAUAUAGAGGUUACUUUGAAAAAUAAGCAAAGCGCCAGAAUGUUUAUAUGAUAUGAAUGUGUAAUAAAGUUUUGAAACAUGCUGAAAAA